AUGAACGAAACUGAACCGAAGAACAGUUCUGCAGCAAAAGCUGCCAAAGCCGCCGCGAAGAUUCUACGGUGGAAGAGGAAUCGCAACUCCGUUAAGUACUUCGCUGCUGCCAUGGCCGGCAUCAGAGAAAGUUCUUUACAAAAGAUUUGGGGGUUUACAUCCAUUGGACACUUCAUCAUCUUCCUCGUAUAUACUGCAACAAUAUUUGCCGUUACCUUUAAAGAUGUAGGGGGCUGGCCGGAAUACAAUAAUUUUGCAAAGCGACUCGGUUGGGUUGCUACAGCUCAUAUUACAUUUAUUACCUUCUUAGCACUUAAGAAUACGCCCCUCGCAUUUUUGACCAAUUACUCUUACGAAAGUCUCAAAGUCUUUCACAAGCUCGCAGGAUAUGGUACCAUUCUUUGGUCUACGCUUCACGCCAUUUUCUAUGUUGUCGCUGAAGCACAGUCCAAUUCUUACGAUACAUUACUUGAAAAGGACCAAAUUUUCGGUAUAGUUGCUGGAAUUGCUAUGCUAAUAAUUCUCAUUACUUCUCUUUUCAUUUACAAGAUGCAACCAAAGAUUUCUGACCGUACUGUAUACAUGAUAUUUGUUGCAUCGGGUGUAUGGUUCUUUGAUCGGUUGCUACGUUUUAGUUACCUCAGUUACUUUUUCUUCGGAAAUUUUGUCACUCUUACCCCAUUACCAAAUAGGGGUACUCAAGUUUUGGUGCAUAGAUCAUCCAAGUUCAUCAAAUCAGGAACUCACGCUUUCUUGUGGAUUCCAGCUAUUCGUGCAAUCGAGACUCACCCUUUUACUGUUGCUUCGGUUGAUGAUGUUAAGGGGACUACUUUCGUUGUAGCUGCUUGUGAUGGGUUUACAAGUGACCUUCAUAGUUUGGCAAUAAAGAAUCCUGGUGUAAAACUUCGCGCCUCGAUUGAUGGUCCUUAUGGAUCAGUGGUAGAUUUUUCACGCUAUGAUGGAGUUAUUUUUAUAGCUGGUGGCUCAGGUGGUGCCUUUACAUUUGGCACUGCUAUUGAAACUGUGCAUAAACUUGCGAAGAACACAACGACUUUGGAUACUAUUAUUGAGUUCAUAUGGGUCGUUCGAGAAGAAGAUAUUUGGUUCAAUAAUGAAUUGCAAGAGCUGAAUUCUUCACCAAAUGUCACCGUGCGGCUUUUCUGCACAGAAGAUGCUACAAAUAAUAUUCUAAGUGAAUCAAAUAGAACUUUAAGCAAUAUUAAUCUUUCUGAGAAAGAUAUUAUAUCAAUCAAAGUUUCUCCAGUAUCUGUCGAUGGUAAUGAUGAGCUUAAGCCACAAGAAGUUGGAGACUUGGAAAAGAUUAUCACCAUAAGAGAAACUAAUUCUAUUGGGCUUUUCAAGACACACACCAUUUACUUCAAAUCCUCUCUGCAAACAUACUUUCAGGCUGUAAAAGCAUGGGUUGUCAAGGACAGGUCAAAGUUUAUGCAGAUUGCCCAUACUAGGAGCGGUCUAGAAGCCAAGAAGUUGGGUAACGCCAUCAAAGAUUUGCCCGUUGCCAGAUGGGACCAGAUCUCUAGACAUGUCAUGGCUGACGCACUCUAUUUCAAGUUUAACCAUAAUGCGGAUAUUAGAAAUGAGCUCAUAUCUACUGGCAGUAAAGUUUUGAUAGAAGCUAGAGAUGAUCGAGUUUGGGCAUCGGGUAUAAAGACUGUCAAAGCUACCGCCAAGACACCUAUAUCAGAAUGGCAAGGUCAGAACAAGUUGGGUGAAGAAUUGAUGAGACUGAGACACUUUUUCAGAGGAUUGGAUCAAGCUAAGGCCGGUGGAAAUGUUCAAAUUUCAUCUGGUGCAACUACCACUGAUGGAGUGGGAAAUGUUACAAGACUUCCAGAUCCACCCAUCGUCGAGGGGGAAAUGAAGGAACCUAAUGAAUCUGGCGGGGAUGGUGACGAUGAGAUGAUUGAACCCAAAGAGUUGGAGAAAGAUGGUGAGCAAGAUACAUCAUCAAAGUUGGAACCAUCAGAUGCACCCGAAGAUGUUAUCAUGGAAGAUUCAAAUAAAGCUGCAAUCGAUCCUGCAUCAGUUCCCAAAAAACGACAAGAAGCGAAAGUCCGAAGGAGAAUCAGAAGAGGCAAGAAAGAAGAUUAA